AUGACAGAAAGAGGACCGGAUCAAUGGUUUGAGGAUAUCAAAAACUGCAAGACUCUCAGUGAAAAUGAUAUGAAACAGCUGUGUGAGAGGGUGAAGGAUCUGCUCAUGGAGGAGUCCAACAUCCAACCGGUGCAGUCUCCUGUGACGGUCUGUGGUGAUAUCCACGGCCAAUUUCAUGACUUGCUGGAGUUGUUCAAGAUAUCUGGAGGCUUUCCAACCUCAAACGGUAUCAGCAUAAAUUACAUUUUCCUCGGGGACUACGUUGACAGAGGAUACUUCUCCUUGGAGACGUUCACUUUACUAAUGGUUCUGAAGAUCAAAUUCCCACAACACAUCACUCUUGUAAGAGGCAACCAUGAGUCGAGACAAAUCACACAGGUAUAUGGGUUUUACGAGGAAUGUUUGAACAAGUAUGGAUCCACCAUGGUUUGGAAGUAUUGUUGCCAGGUCUUUGAUUUUUUGACGCUAAGUGCUAUAAUAGAUGGCAAAAUCCUUUGUAUUCAUGGUGGUCUUUCCCCAGAAAUAAGGAUGCUCGAUCAAAUCAGAGUUCUAUCAAGAGCCCAGGAAGUUCCUCACGAAGGUGGGUUUUGUGAUCUUGUUUGGUCAGAUCCUGACAAUGUUGAUCUCUGGGCAGUCUCGCCCAGAGGCGCUGGAUGGUUGUUCGGAGCAAAGGUUGCCCGUGAAUUCAACCACAUCAACAACUUACAGCUCAUUGCUAGAGCUCAUCAACUUGUCAUGGAGGGAUUUAGGUACCAUUUCAAAGAUAAAGAUGUGGUAACAGUGUGGUCUGCCCCAAACUACUGCUAUAGAUGUGGCAAUGUCGCCAGUGUUAUGAAAGUCGAUGACGAUCUGGAUGUCACGUUUAAGAUAUUCAGUGCAGUUCCCGAUGAUACCCAGAAGAUCAACCCAACCAAGAAUCAAAGGAAUGAAUACUUUUUGUGA